AUGGUGCUCAUCUUUUCUCUUUCUCUUUGUGAAAGCUUGUCCAAGAAGAACAGAGACUUGCUCCGUCUUGAGGCGCAAGAGAAGAGGAGACGGGAGGCUGCUGGGGAGGAAGACCAGUUCCCUGGGAAGACUCCCACUUUUGCAAAACCCUACAAGACCAAUAAGAGAGAUGCGCUGUCAAGGCACAUUAGGAACAUCAUGGGCAGUUUCAAUGAUUUCAAGGUGUACAUGAGACAGAAUUUUCAGAAGGUCAUGUGGACUCCCAAAAAGUUGAAAUCAAGGUCACAGACCGGGAGGAAGAGUCAUGAACCGAGCUGCAGUCAAACCAAGUCAAUUCAGGACUCAGUGACAGAACAACAACUUAAAAAUGCUAGGGCAUCAAAAUCACUUGAGCUGGACCCUUCCCUGGAGGAAACCAACUGCACGGAUGUGCCAGCUGUUGAGGACAUUUUGAGGGAAAUGACCUCCUCAUUUUCACAGCCCCUGUCUCCUCUGCACGUGCCUCCAAAAGCAGAGCCUUCCAAAGCGCCAUGCUCCACACAGGACACAGACGGCUCUGUAGCUCAGAAUCAGGAGCAGUCUGGCACAGCUUCAGGAACAUUGCUGAGUUCUCGGCCAACAACAUCUUGGCUCCUGGAUGACCUGCAGCUCAGUGAUAGUGAGGAGAGUGAGGACAACCAAGUUGUUGAAAAGCCUCCUUCUCCACUUGCUGGUCCAAGCUCCUCAUCCCCGGACACCAGUGACUCAGAGAGCUCCUCGGGCUCAGAGACCCAGCACACCGUGGGUACCAAAAGGCCUGGCAAGCCCCUGGUGCACAACAGUGCCAAGAGAUGCCGGAGGGAGGACAGCGAGCCUUAA